AUGGGAUUUACCUACGAGUUGACCUACAAGCUGAUCGAUGGUUACUUCGACAAGAAGGAUAGCAAAGAGGAGAAGAGCUGGGUGGAGGUGCAGAGCCCGGUAGGCCACCCUGUGCUGGACGAGGAGGCAUCCACCUCCAACUCGGCGAAGGAGCCAACCAAGGGCCAGUGGCAGACGAAAGGCCCCUACACAUUCAUCGCUGCGGGGAACAAGUCCCGGAUCUUUUUCUACACCGGUGGCACUGCAUGUACCAGCAUCGACGAUGUGAUCGUCAGGAAGACCAAGGAUCCAAAAUACGUCGUGUACAAUUUCGCCCACCUGAUCAACGAUGGCCACUUCAUGGUCACCAAAGGCGCCUUCCCGAGCAAUGCCUCCGACAACUCCAGCGACGGCAGCUCCUUGCAAGUGUUGAAGGACAACGUGGUGAUCAUGAAGCCGUCGGAGAAAGCCGGGGACGCGAGGGAGGCGUCGCGUGGAGAAAAUGAUCUUGAUGUGAACACGCUGCAGCUCACGGGCGGCGGCUGCAGCCGCGUUUCUGGCUUUGUGAGGUACACACCUAAGCCGCUGUACAAGUACGACGAGAAGGAGCUGAUGAAUGGCAGCGUCUUAAGCAGUGUGACGUUUGAGGUGCAGGAGCCCAUCGGCAAUCCCGUCAAUCCGCCAGUCAACAUCGGCGUUACUGGCGCGGUGAUCAACGCCGUCUUGGAUCCCUCGCCAGAGCACCUCAGAAUCAGGGUGAGGAAAGAAGCCAGUGUGAAGAGCAAUGACACGGAGAAUGUGGUCGAGGCGCAGCUCUACUUCUUCUGCAAGGGCGGCGACCGCAUGAGCUACCGUUCUGGAUGGAAGCUCUUCACGUACCAGUUCGCAGGCAAUGAAGGGCUCUGCCUUUCCAUGGGGGCGCGCGACAGCAUGGGAAUGGGCUGCCACGAGGUCAGCUGCAGGAAGAACCCCAUCAGCGACGCCAGCCUCCAGCCCUGCAAUGAGGAGGACUGGGCGCAGAACUUCUACCCAGAGGGCCCCUUGGUACGCUCGGCCUCGCCUGCGGAGCGCUGUCUGGCAGUGGAUUAUUCAGCGCAUGUGGAGCCUUGCAAGCCCCUGACGCUGAAGAUGUGCAAUGAGUCGGACCCUGGGCAACGUUGGAGCAUCGUUGGUGGAGACUCUGCUCAGGAUGCGGCGCUGUUGAAGAUGGAGGAUGGUCUGGUGGCCUCCACCCCCAAGGCCCGGUGCGUUCGGGACGUGGAGGCCUCCGUCUUUGAUUCGUGCAGAAACCUUGAGAAGGGCUUGUAA